UUCUUAUUUAUCGGCGGUCACACAAUGCGCUUGGCUAUGGAGGAAUUUUUGAAGACGUUGGUUGUUUGAUUUUACGCUCAAACUUGUUUUGAUUCCCAGUGCGUAAAUGCUGCCGUCUAUCCGUAUAUGAAUAUUGUAGAAUAUUGCUAGAGCAGAUGGCUCUGCAGAUGACGGUGAACGGAAAGUUCGGGGCCAACUUGAGGAAGCCCGUAAGUCGUCUAGAGGAUCCGGAGCGGGUGCGCAAAGACCUCGAGAGCCAGCGUCGCAUAACCCGUUUGCAGCAGGUGCGUGAGAAGUCCAACCACCUGGCACGCAAAAUACGCGAGGAGGUGGCGGCCGAGAAAAAGCGACAAAUCGACAAACUGGAGGAGGUCAAGCAAAGGGAGCUAAAUGCGUGGCGUGAGCAUGUUUUGGUCAAAAAGCACCAGGACUACCGCUCGGCCAUUUUCGAAGUGGGCGCCGCCCAUCGUGCGGCAAGGGAGGAAAACCAGCUUAUCGAGCAGCAGCGACAGGAGAAACGCGAGAAAAUCCAGAGGUGCCGCAAGCAGGCCAUGAAAAGAUCGGUAAAAGCGUCUGUGGAGCUGCGAGCCACAAACGGCAUGAACCUGAAUGUGGAGGGACGAGCCACGGCGGGCACACAAACGGCCAUGGUGGAGGAAAAAGAGAAUCGGCUGGCCAGUGGUUGCCACAAACCCUGCUGCCAGGGAAAACGCAAAAGGACCACUAGCUGUGGUUGCGCCACCACCGAGGAAGAGGAUGGCGAAUCCUCCGAGGACGACGCCUCCAUCCUGCUGAGCCAGAGCCCGAAAAGCAACCGGCGUCUUCAAAAGACUCCUCCCAUAAUCUUAGACGUGGAUAUCGAUGAGACAAUCUCCGAAACUACAAACCACCCCGAUGGUUUGGAAAUCAACGAUAGGUUCAUCCAAACCAACCGCAAAUUCAGCCAUGUGGUGAGACCCAGUGAGGAUGAAGGCCAGCGCCGGCCGAGAUUUACACAGAUCAGCGAUCUGGUAAGGAAAUCCGUGACCACCACAACAAUAAGAACUGAACCAGGACAGCGAAUCGCUGCAGAUCCACAUCCAUCAGUAUCUGCGCCACCUAGUCCCACCAAAUCGCCGCCACGCUCGCCCAAGAAAACUGCGGAGUGCGUUGAGGCAGCUGCCCCCGUAGCAGCUGUCAGAAAAUCACCCACCAAAGCAGCCACAGGAUCGCCCAAGAAAUCGGUCACAGCAUCACGUCAGCAACAGCCAGCCAAGCGAACGGUUUUGAAAACCAAUCCAGCUCCGGCCAAAGUUAUAGAUGCGGGAAUUCGGCGGGGCCAGAAGGGAAAAAAUCCAGCUACGCUGCCUAUAGUCACUAGCGUACAGGAGCCAUGUCCAGUACAGGAAACUCCUCGCAACUUACCACCCGUUCCAGAGCAGAAUAUGCCAGUUAUGCCGAAUCCUCAGAUGACACAUUGUUAUCCUGUGCCUCAAGUCCAGCCGUAUAUGCAUCCCUAUUCGCAACAGCCAAUGCAGCCCUAUGCAAUGCCAUAUUCGAUGCCAUUUUCCAUGCAACCGCAGUAUCCACAAGCUCAUCCGAUGUAUGCUCCCCCGCAGCAAAUGAUACCUAACCAGCCAGCAGCUCAUGUGCCUGCUGUGACUGCUCCGCCAAGCACUGCCACCCACUCCACCGUUUCCACAACGACUUUUGUCAUGUCGUCGCGACAGGAUCCAAAGACGACUCAAUCUGGACGCGUUCAAUUCUACGAUCAUGGCAAUAAAUACCAUCGGACCUACGAUGCAUCAACGCAAUCUGUGCAAUGCAAUGAAAAGGAUGCCAGCCAACUGACCGCCAUGGAUCAUGCCCGCAUCGAGAAUCAGCUGAGGGAUCUGCGGGAGCAUGAACUGGACAAGCUAAGGAAAAUCAGCAACGAUAGGGGUCAAAAGGCUUUGGAACGUGAGCAAGUGCGCCGGGAUUGUGCUGAGUUGACCGAGAAGUUGGAUGCCUUAACACAACAGCAACCACAGCUUUUGCCCAGUGAUGCAAACAUCAUACCAAGCCAUCGGUUUGCGGAUGCGGCUGCCAGACGAGAGCAGAAAAUGAACGAGGCCAUGGAAGAGAUGCUGCUCCGUCCGGCCAUCAUCACCUGUCCAGAAGUACGCAUCAAACCCACUCCGUCGAACACGACGCCUAGCCAAUCCAAUGGUGCGACAGCCAUCAAUGUUGGCGAACCUCCUGUUCAAAUGGGUCGAGAUAAUCUGGGCAGCACUGAGAGCUGCUGCUCCAUCCUCCUCGACUACGUGGAUGAUCAGAGCAAGCAGUUGAGGUCGGACCUGAAGGCAGAGCAAUCCAACUCCCUUAAAUCCAUGAGAUUGCGCAGUCUGCUCGAGCGCAUCGAAAAAAUCCGAGGCCAUCUGCUGGAGGAGCUGAAGUCGGGUGACGGCGUUGGUUCGAAGGGUGACAAUGCCCAGGAAAUGAUCAAUACCAUACGCCAGGAGCGGGCGGACAUACUGUCGGAGAGAACGAAGACGCUCAACGAACGAGAAUCGGACCUGCAGCAGAAGGAGGCUAUUCUCGAGCAGCGAUUGAGAAAGUUUUACAAAGAGACGAAGAGCAAAAAAUCCAGUGAAGGAGAUCAGGCAAAACCAUCCGUAAAGGAAGAUAGGCCAUUGGAGAUCAUCAUCAAAGUGAAAAGCGACGGCACUGUGAAGCAAUGCGUGCCUAGGGGUAAAUCCAAAGCAAAAACAAUGGCGGGAGCCAUCGAAUGUGAGAAAGAAAUGCCUUCGGGCACCAAGGAACACACGCCCAGAGAGGAACCAGAGAAACAGUCAAAGAAGGAAAAUGGAAAGCGAUCUUUGCCAGAGAAUCAGCGUCAGAACUCGAUAGAUUCCAACUCCACCGCCUAUCGCAGUCUGCCUCCAGUGAGCUACCGGAGUUUCAAUCCGUGUAUGGGUUCCAUGCCAUCUCCACCCUCAGCUCCUGUCCCUGCUCCACUGCAUCCCAUUGUAGCCCAGUACAUUAAUCGCCUGCUAGGCAUGACGCGCCACAACAUAGAGGAAAUGGGAGUGAGUUCCUCGGACGUGACCACACCCUCAGCAUCGAUCAUCAACUCAUCAAGAAACAUAUCUCCUUGUGUCGAUGCUGAAACAGAGGGAACCCUACGGGAUCGGGACGAUGAAUGUGUGGUUAAUGAACAGCGCAUGGAGCGGGUGCAGACCUUCAUCGCCGACAACCGCAGCUUUAUCAACGAUUUGGAGGACUCCAUAAGAUGCCAACAGCAAUUGCAGAAAGAGCAGCAGGAUAAAGAGCGAAGUAUGCAAGCGUUUGAUCAGAUUUGGAACAAGCGAUUGGCCAAGAAUUUUGAAGAUUGUCAGUCAAAAUGCAAAGAAAGGGAGCAGAGAACGGAAAAGAUACCGACACAAGGAGAACGAAAAAAUGGUCAGCGGGAAAAACAAAAGGUUUCUACUCAGGAAGAAAAGAACAAUGCUCGUGGUUUGGACCAAAGGGAAAAUCAGCAGCGAAGUAAUGCGCAACCAAAGCGCAAAGAGAGUCCUGGCGGCAAAUCUUUAAGCCUGCCAACCAGUGGCAAAACUACUUCCCGCUUUGAGGCUGAUAAACCAAAAUCACAAUCUACCAGCGAGGAUUCAUCUGCCCGGCAUAUGGAGCGCUAUGCUCAGCUGACCGAAAAUUGCACCCAGCGAAUUGCCGAGCUGACGGAUCUGAUCACCAAGGUGCGGGAGGAGAAGCAGCGACUGGUGGAGGUCACCCUCACCUCGAACAGCGAUGGCGAGCGGCAGUCCACCGAGUAUUUUGACCUCCCAACGGGACAGCAACAAACCAGAUGCAGAACCUUGUCCGAUCGCAGCGAUUCACAAACGCCGUCCACUUCGGAAGCGCUGCCGCUGCAGAAGCAUAAGCCCACAGCGGCCAGCCGGGAUAGUGGCAUCGCGGACUCGCGUCCAAUUACGGCCCAGGGACAGGUGAAUGUGGAUGCGGAACCCAUUUCGCUGGGCUCCUACACGCAGAGCAGCACGGCCCGUGGCCGAAUGAAGGCUCCGCCGGCCACCAUCCGACGGUAUAGUCCCCAGCUGAAUGCCGAGGACCUGGCGCACGAACUAUCCACGAUCACGGAAGUGGAAACGCCGGGUCAGUCGCACAUUGUGGCCGCCACUCCGGUGCCCAAGCCGUUUCCCAGCUUCGAACAGUAUGCCAAGGAGCUACAGUUGGAUCUGGCGCGAAUGGAUGCGGAUCAGAGCCAGCGGCUGCAGAGCGAAUUCAACGAACUGAUCCAGGUGAUCAAUCAGCGCAACGUCGGAUCUGACUACCGUGAGUUUCCCAGCAUAAAUGCCUAUCUCCACAACAUGACCAGCACCCGAAUCCACCUAGAGAUAGGUCAGGAUCACGAUCAGGCUACUGUGUUACCCGCAGAGCUAAUGCGUCAGCUGCGGGUGGUCAAUGAUAAUAUACAGGAUUUCCCCAAACGCAGAGAGUACAUGGAGAAAUUGCUGGCCAAGCUACCGGCCGAUCAGAGGCAGCUGAUAGACAGUGCCAGCAUUGAGCAGGAUUCGUCGGACUCCUUCAACGUAGAGGAAGAGCUGCGUCAGCGAAAUAUCCUGAAGAGCCCGUUUCGUCGGGGAAAUGCUACGGACACCACAUUGACGGGCCAGCAGGAGGUGGCCAGCAGUACGCGACGCGAAAGCGUCGCCCCGGAAACCAACGAUCAGCCCAACGAGAGUGGAAUCGAUCCGCUGUCCGGCAGUAACCUCUCCAGCGACGAUGAUCGGAGAGGUCGCCGCUGGCGGGCCACAUUGCAACAGAGGGAUCAGCAGACAGAUGAGCUGUGCAGCAGCACUACCACUUCAUCGCCGGAACGGCGGCAACGUCGUUCCAGGUUGCGGGGCGGUGAGAAUCACAGCCACAGGUCCAAGGACGACUCCAGGGUGCAGGAUGCAAGUCAGCUGGGAAGAUCGUUGAACCUGAGGGACUUUCUCACCCGGGAGCUCCUCAAAAAUCAAGUGCACACCGGCGAAACUACACAGAGCUCAGAUGAGUCUCUGAGGGGCCACUUCCUCAAGUCUGUCCUCCACUCACUCUCGCCCAGCAGCAAUACGCAGACACCAGGCGUGGGAAUGAGCCAUGCCACUGGAGCCACCGGAGCCACCAACGACAGGCAAAAGACCUCCACUCCGGUGGGAUCGUUCCUCUCCAUUCCGGACAAAUCCGGCUCGGUUCAGAGCCUCGGCUCGCAGCUUUUCUCGGGUGAGAGCCACAUCUCACUGGUGCACUAUCCGGAUGGCACUCCACCCAUUCCCUAUGAACAACAAAGCAAACAGAGUACAAAUCAAACUCGCCAAUCCUCAGGUCAAAUAGUGUCCGGUGCAAGGUCAUCCCAUCGAAGAUCACCUCGGAAAUGAUGGCAUGAAUAUAGCUAAAUUGGUUUAUUUAGCUUUUUAA